GGGUAUUUUAGAGCUGGCAGUCUUUAUAUACGUGCAUUUAGUGUAGUGUUUACCACAGCACUAAUAGGAUUGAUCCUGAGACAUGGAGCUGCGAGUGCUGCAGGAGCCUGAAUGAGAUGUGCUGAACUGACAUAAUGUUAUGCCUGGAACAUUCACAGAAUGGGUUUCAGUAAAUAAACCUGUCCAGAAGUGAAGGGACGACUAAUACAAAUCUCAUAAAACAAGAGGUGUUUCAGGUAGAUUUUGAAUUGCUCAGCAUCUGUUCAUGGAGACCACAAGUAAAUCCAUGAAUCUUACUUUCUCCAUUGAGGACAAAAAUGGAAAUAACAUCACCUGCCCCAGUGAGCCUUCUCCCGAUUCACUAAGGGGCUCUAGCAAUUUGAGUUGUGGCGGUUCAGACAGUCCUCUUGAUGUAGAAAUGGAGGACUGUAUAACUCGCCCAACAAAAGACGAGACGACUUCCUCAAAGGUAGUGAAAUCAAACAGAGUAAUUGCUGUAGACUUUGAGAGCUGGAAUGAGAAUAUGGCUCUCUUGAUGAUAGUGGACACAAAAAACACUGAAUGCAAUGGCAGUGACAGAAGCUCGGAAACCUCCCCUGACUGUGGAGAGCAAGAGCUGUCUGAGGUGGACUCCCGCGAGCCAUCAGGUCGUGGAUCCAGUGAGAACUGCUGCUCUGUGAGCUCAGGUGAAAUGGUCAUGAGGGGUAGCAGCUUUGUCUUGCACGAGAAUGACCAGCCACUUAGCGUCUCACUAAUCAGUGAGUCCAGAACCUCCUUGGAUAUAUCUUCAGAUCUCGGCGUGGUAUCCGGCAUGUUACCUGAUGUGUGUGAAGGCUUAGCUGAGGUGCCACAAGCAGAGCCCAAGAAUCAGGGCCUGGAGUGUACCUACAUCCAAGCCAACAAUAAGACCUUUCUCAUAGAUGAAAAGUCAUUGAGCAAUGAGAAACUUGAAUGUGUUACACCUGUUCAUUAUCAAAAAUUCAAUGUGCAAAAGUUGGUAUGCAACAGCAGUGGAUCAAAUCAGUCAACACCAGUGGAGGGAAAAACUGUUCUUAUUACUGCUUCUGAGGAUUUAGAUAUUAGUGGCAAUGCUCAGACAUCAACUCCAGUGCAGUCUGUGAAUAACAAGACAUUUUGCCUCCCAUCUUUGUCUGAGUCACCUCUGAAUAAAGUUGAAGGUGAUUCAGUGAGUCCAAUGGCUCAAUUUAUUAGCCAGCAGCAAGGUGCUGCCUCUCAAAAAUCCAAAACACCAUUGAUUUCAGCAAGUAAAAGCAAAAAAAUUGAAAUAAAACGAUUUCCGAAGCCUAACUUCAGUAGUAUAAAGUCUAAAAUUAUGUCACGUGCCACCAACCCCUUUAAGACAUCAAGUACACCAGUUCCAAAGUCUUCAUCAAUCUCCAUCCCUCAAACUAAUGAAAGCCAGACUACGGACCAGCAUAAGUCACCUCCUACCAAAUCCACUUCUGCUGCAAUAACCAGCACAUCUGCCACACCAGCUCGAAAUGUAAAAAUCUGUAAUGCAGCUAAAAGAACUCUCUCAUCUUGCCAAGAAAGUGGUCCAGCCUCGAAAUCUCGACCUCGUCGAUGGUCUGAAAGCGCGACCUCUUCAAAAACAAGUAAAGAUGGAACACAAGAGAAGAAUUCACAGGUCAAUGGAGUUUUGAACAACCUCGUCACACCACAAAAAAACACUAAAGGAGGUGCAAAGUCCAAACCUGUAGAAACUCAGUCAAAUAGAGAGGACUCGCAGGGGAAUGAGUUAAUGAAGGUUCGUGGGAAGAAUCAGAAAGUCAGUCUGUUGCCGGUGUCUGCCAGGCCAGCAGCAGCAUGUGAGUGGAGUAGAAGCAGGCUUGGCUCCCAGCCAUCCCCAGCCAGGACAGGAGGUGCCUCUGCUGCUCAUGUUCCAGCUGCAAACUUACGACCACCGCUUUCAGCCUCUAAGCUCAAACGUAGUACAGCGGGAAAAGAUGGCAGCAGUACCUCGGACAUGCCUUCACCCAGGAGCAAACUGAGCACAUCUGAUGGUGCAAGUGCAGUUUCAGGAUCCCAGUCCAGAUCUGCUCUGUUCGCAGCUCCAGCAUCAGCCUCCAAACUGCCCGUGAAGUCCAAAUUACAGACCAAGAGCUCCAGCACUUCUCAGACAAAUGGAUAUCCAAAGCAAGACCAUGCUGAGCCCCCUGUGGGAACCUUGAGUAAACCUCCUCCUAACAGGACCACAUUGUUAAGGACCAAGCUGCAAUAUCCACCUACCAGGAGUGUAUCGUCAGGUUCAGAGAGGUCUUCAGGCAGUCCUCUGAAAACCCCUACUACAACCCGACCCAUGAGACCUGCUCCAACAGUUGACAAGAACAAGUCAAGGACGAGUUCCCGAAACCAGCAGCCCCCGACAAAUGCGCAACCGGAUCUGGUACCACCAGAGAGCAAGUCUAGAAAUGUGGAGUACUACAAAACUGUGUGUGAGAAGAAGAACCAGACCAUUCAACAGCUGGAAAACCUGCUCCGAUCCAACAACCGCAGGUUCGAGGCAGUUGCUGUGGUCAUAAAGCAUCUAUGUGCUGGGCAUGAGGAGACGAUGAAGCAGCGCAGGGAGCUGUCUCAGGAGCUGGUCACCUUGCGUGAGGAGCUGGUGAGCUCGGCUCACUCCUGUGAGCGUCUGGAGCAGGAGAAGGAGGAGCUGCGUGCUGCUUUUGAUGGAGUUCUACAGAAGGUCCAGGAGCAACACCGCUCAGACCUCACUGACCUCGAGGAGAGACUCAAGACCUUUUACUCCACUGAGUGGGAGAAGGUCCAUCAGACCUACCAGGAGGAGGCUGACAAUUGCAAAGCUCAGAUGGAGCAGCAGCUAAAAGAAUUGCGAGAAAAACACGAGGCUUUGAAGAAGGAGCUGGAAGUCAGCCAUAUGGAGGAGGUGGAUGGCCUUAAACUACAGUUUGAAGAGACUUUCAAAGAACUCAGACAGUCCCAUGAAAAGGAAAUGCAGACUUUCAAUGCAACACUGAAGGAAUCAGAGGACACGUUAUCUAAUCGAAUUCAGGAGCUCAUGAUGGAGAAUAACAACCUCAAAGAAAAACUAGAUGCUGAAGUGAAGAGAAGGAAGGCUCUGGCUGAGAAAACAGAGGACUCGCAUACUCUUUAUCUGGAGCAGGAGCUUGAAAGCCUUAAAGUAGUGUUGGACCUCAAGAACAAACAGAUCCAUGAACAGAACAAGAAACUCAUGCAGAUAGACAAACUGAUGGAGAGGAAUGUGAAGCUGGAUGAAUGUCUUAAGAAACUGCAACAGGAAAACGAGGACCUUAAAGCCAGAAUGGACAGACAUGCUGCUUUGUCAAGACAACUGUCCACAGAGCAGGCGGUUUUGCAGGAAACCCUCCAGAAGGAGUCCAAAGUGAACAAACGCCUAUCUAUGGAGAAUGAAGAGCUGCUCUGGAAGCUCCACAACGGUGAUCUGAGCAGCCCCCGUAAGGUCUCCCCUUCCCCGUCCCUGAAUCUCCAGUCACCGCGGAACUCUGCAGUGUUCUCCAGCCCUCCUGUCUCGCCCAGAUAACAAUGGCCUUCAGCUUCCAGGAAGCACUUUCAUACAGGACAGAGCACUUCCUGCAUGCUGAAGCUGGUCUGGACCAUGUCAAUGGCUCUCAAUAUGGAAUGGACUUUGUUGACUCUCUUGUACAGAUAAAAAAUAAAAAAAAUUGAAGACUAUAUUGCACAGAAGCACUCACCAAUGAGGUCACCCUCGUACUUUGCCUUUCACAUCAGACUAUGGAGGAAAAAAGAAAUAUCUCAGGGCUUGUAGAAGGUUUCUCUCAAAUGUAUGGGUUUUUUCCCCUCCUGAAUUGCUUUGUUCCCUGAAGGUCCUGACUU